AUGGCAAAGGCUCUUAAGAGACAACCAAAUUGGAUAUUGCAGAAACUCGGAUUAGAAAGAGAUGCCAUUCAAAGCCCUAAGUCAAACAAGGUUGAAGAUGAGAAGGGAAAAGGUGAAGCAAAUAGACUAACAACCCCUAGAAGAACUAAUAGUGGGGAAAUUGCUGGUAAUUGGAAUAAUAGAGAUAGGAUCAACAAUGCAAGCAACAAUGGGGGAAAUCAUGGUAAUAAUGGAAACUAUGGCAACAAUGGUAAUAGGGACAACCGAAAUAGAAAUAACAAUAAUGGUAGAGGUAACAAUGGAAAUAAUGGUAAUAAUGGAGGAAAUAGAAACUAUCAAGUUAACAACUAUGGUGUCAAGCCACCUAUGACCAUUGAAAGAGGAUGCAAGACAAUGAAAGCUUUUAAAACAACUAAUACCAUUGAAAAUAAUAGAAAGGCUGCUGGGAGAAUUUGCAAGAGAGAUGAUCCAAAAUUAUAUAAUCUUAGAACGACAAAAAAGGAUGAGUUUGGUCAAGUCAUGGACAUGCUAAAGGACAUGAAGGAAGAGAAGGACCAUGAGAAUGAAUAUGAGCCCACGGUAAAUGCACUUUCAUCAGAUCCAUUUUGGGGUAGGGAUGAGGAUUCAUCUGAGGGUGAGCAAUCAUCAAAUGUACAAUGGAGAAGAGAGAACCAACAACAUAGUAUACAACAAGUUUUUACUGAUGAUGAAGCAGACAUCCCAUCCUUGAGGAGAUUGUUCCAUAAUGAAGAGCUAGUGCAUUCCUUGAGGAACUUAAUAGAUGAAGAAAAGAAAGCCUAUACUGUGGCAGUAGUAGCUCAGGCAAAAAACAAUUAUCAGUUAAGAAACAUAAUAGUGAACCCAGAACAAGAUUCAGGUGCAACCAUGAACAUAAUGCCACAAGAUGUCAUGAAAGAACUUGGGAUGCAUGUAGACACUCCCUAUGGGAAAUGCUAUGCUAUGGAUAAUAGAUCAGUCCCAAUUGUUGGAAUUAUGAAGGAUGUGGAGUUUCGAUUUCCAGCAUGCCCUGAUACGUCAUAUAAAAUAGACAUCACUGUUGUGCAAGUUCCGCCAAAUUAUGGGAUGUUAUUAUCAAGGAAAUGGUCAAAUUUGGGGAAUGGACAUGUCUAG